CGAGCGCCGAGAGGGCGAGUCCGCGCUGGUGGCGCUGGGUCGGCCUCCCCGCUAGGCGCCGCGGUCCCGGGCACAGGUGCCGGAGCCGGCGGUGACCCAUGGGCCUGGGCGCCAUCUGAGACUGCGGGCGGUGCCGAGGGCUUCCACCUGCACGGGGUGCAGGAGAACUCCCCUGCCCAGCAGGCAGGCCUGGAGCCCUACUUCGACUUCAUCAUCACCAUCGGGCACUUGCGGCUGAACAAGGAGAAUGACAUGCUCAAGGCCCUGCUGAAGGCCAACGUGGAGAAGCCCGUGAAGCUGGAGGUGUUCAACAUGAAGACUAUGAAGGUGCGCGAGGUGGAGGUGGUGCCCAGCAACAUGUGGGGCGGCCAGGGCCUGCUGGGCGCCAGCGUGCGCUUCUGCAGCUUCCGCAGGGCCAGCGAGCACGUGUGGCACGUGCUGGAUGUGGAACCCUCUUCGCCUGCCUCCCUUGCCGGCCUGCGCCCCUACACAGACUAUGUGAUUGGCUCAGACCAGAUCCUACAGGAGUCUGAGGACUUCUUCUCGCUCAUCGAGUCCCACGAGGGGAAGCCCUUGAAGCUGAUGAUUUAUAACUCCGAGUCCGACUCCUGCCGGGAGGUGACUGUCACUCCCAAUGCAGCCUGGGGUGGAGAGGGCAGUCUGGGGUGCGGUAUUGGCUACGGGUAUCUGCACCGGAUCCCAACCCAGCCCCCAAGCUACCACAAGAAGCCAACUGGCGCCCCGCCACCUGGUGCCCCGCCACCUGGGACCCAACCACCUGGGACCCAACCACCUGGGACCCCACCACCUGGACCCACCCCGCAGGACUCUCCUGCCCCUCCUGGCCUGGAGGCAGGCUCCAAGCAGGGUGACUACGUAGAGGCCCUACUGCAGGCACCUGGUUCCUCCAUGGAGGAACAGCUUCCUGGGCCUGAGAGUCCCAGCCAUGGUGCUCUAGACCUUGGCGAUCUUGCAUGUUCCAUGGAGAUUCCUCUCCAGCCUCCACCUCCAGUGCAGAGAGUCAUGGACCCAGGCUUCCUGGACGUGUCGGGCAUCUCCCUCUUGGACAGCAGCAACACCAGCGUCUGGCCCAGCCUGCCCUCCUCCACAGAACUGACCUCCACAGCGGUCUCAGCCUCAGGCCCGGAGGACGUCUGCUCCAGCAGCGGUUCUCACGAGCGUGGCGGUGAGGCCACAUGGUCUGGGUCAGAGUUUGAGGUCUCCUUCCCAGACAGCCCAGGUGCCCAGGUGCCGCCGGACCACCUGCCUCAGCUGACACUUCCCGACAGCCUCACCUCUGCAGCCUCACCAGAAGACGGGCUGUCUGCCGAGCUGCUCGAAGCUCAGGCUGAGGAGGAGCCCGCACGCACAGAGAGCCCAGAUUCUGUGGCAGAGGCUGAGGGGGCAGCCAGCCAGGCCCAGCUCUCCACCCCUCAAUGAUACCCUGCACUGUGACAUGGUGGGCUUUAAUGGCAUUUCAUGAGGCCUGGCAGCAGGGACACAGCUCAGGCCACACUGUGCGGCCCAGCCCCCUGCAUUAAGCUCCCCAGGCUGCGGCUCCGAGGCCGUGCAGGGGCUGCUGCUGGCAGGGGGUUUGUGUCCACUCAGACUCUACUGGUCUCCAGCAGAUGACCUCCCAGCAUUAUUUUGCCUGAUGGUCCUGGCUUUGGGGUAUUGGGCACUUGUUUGAGAAUCUCAAACAAGUGCUUUUGGGGUGCUAGAGGGCUGGGAGCAACUCCCAGAGUAAGUUAGUUUUCUAGGAGCUAGGGUAGGAAAGGAUUCUUUGUGCUUGGGUGGGGCAUGGAGCCUCAGUGGGAGAGUAAGAGCCUUGAGGAAGGGCAUCUUUUGGCCAUGGACCCUCAGGUCCAGUGCUUGCUCCUGCUCAGUCACUAUGGCUGCAUGGGAGGUGGCAGAGUCCAGGCUGGACCAGGUGUGAAGAUGGGGUAAGGGAGGAAGGGGUUGGUGUGGGGUGUUUGCCUGGUUGCUUUGUAGGGCUUGCCUUGAUUCUUCCUAUGUAGCUCAGCAAGCCUGAGCUGUAAUGGAAGGCACUCCCAAGCCCUGCGAACCUCUGAGGCCCCAUCCCUCCGCUACACUGCACAGUUGGCUCACGCUGACUGCAGAUUCCAGUUGCGGUUGGAGGAGAAAACUUGCCAACGUCUCCUGAGGGAGGAGGGCUGGAAAUUCUAGGCCCUUUAGCAGAGACUCACCUGCGCCUGGACUGCAAUGCUGCUUCUUCCCCAGGGCUUGCAUCCCUCAGACCUAGUAUCCCCAGCUGUGAUUCCUGUCUGCUCCCAAACUUGGUUGUAACCAUCUAUUCUAAAUAUACAAGUCAGCCAGCCAGCCCCAGUGGUGAAUAAAAGUUACAAAUUUAAGUUCCCCAUCCUAAGCAGACUCUCAAAGCCAGUCCUCCUGACAGGGCCUCUUUACAAAGAACUCCUACCCCAAAGGGGACGCAGGGCCUGGACAAGAGUGGGUGAAAGCACUUUCUCACAGCAAUGGGGAAGCCUUUCCCUUCACCUCCGGUGCUGCGGAAAGCUAAGAUUAGGUUGGGUCUUCUGCUCUGCCUGGUUCCUGCAGGAAGAGGAGGCUCCAACCAAGGAUGGCCCCUCACCAGAGUCCUCUCCUCUCUGGCUAGAGUCCCUCACCAUCCCACACCUUGCUGAUUAUCAUGAAAGCUGCCCUUGGCCUUGCCUUCUAGCCUUGGCCCAGUCAAAUGUCCCAACUUUACCAGUUGUUUUGGAAUGUCUACACUUACAGGGAAUUCAGAGCUCUGUUAGGCUCAUAGGACAAGGACUGCUGUGGGGGGCAAAGACCAAGUAUAUGGAAGGAGGGCACCAAAUCAGCCAACACUUCAAGUUUCUAGCACUGUGACUGCAUUUAAAAAGCAAGCCUUUGUCAAGUCUACCAGAGCAGCUGAUAAGCCUGCAGAACAGAGAGGCAUUGUGUCCAAGCCAGUGCCGGAGCCUGGUUCCUGGAUUGUCUGGGAGCCCGGUGUCUGCCUGCAGGAAUCCAGGAAGCAGAAUGGAAUCCACGGUACUGUUCUGAGGCCAGCUUCCCUGACCCAGAGUCACUCUCCCCCAAGAGACCUGGUUCUUUCCUCCCUCACUUUUACACCCGCCCUUCCCUAAAUUGGGGGAUAAAAUGGAUACCAAUGCUAAUUAUUUCCAGGGUAAACCAGAAGUUUCUUACUUUCUCUGUAACCUGCUAUGAAGGAAAAUGACAAAUGAAAAAAUAAAUAAAUGUGUACUACACUCUGAAA